CAAGAGAAUUAUAUGCUCCUAAUGAAAAACUUAAGGAACUUGAAUUACCAGUAAUUCAGUGGGAGGAUUGGAACAAGAAUUCAAAGGAAGCAAAAUUUAUCAUAAAGCUUGGGCUGCAAACACAUCCGUCUUUUCAGACUAUUAUGAAUCUUAUGGUUCAAAAUCGAUCUUCCGGUCUUGCGCUUGAAUAUUUUUUCAGAAAUCGAUCUUCCGGUCUUGGUGUGAAAGCGCUUGAAUAUUUUGUCAGCAAACUUAAUGAUAAAUAUUCCAGAGAAUACAAUUCAAAUUCAAUCCAAGAAGAAUUUUUACCGUGCGUUAAUUCUGGCAUUUACGCGAAACCAUCAGAAUGUUAUUCGAGCCCUGAUUGCGCGGUGAUGGGAUUUAAGAUUUUGCAUCAACGCUGGCACCCUUGGGCUGUACAAUUGGGCGUCAAACAACAUCCCGAUCAUAAUUUGUUGAUUGAAAGGUUGAAAAACUGUCCUCCAAGAAAUAUAGAUGAUGCAAAAAGAAUUUUUGAAUAUUUGGCAAAACGUAGAG